AUGUACAACACAGGGAGGCACGUGUCGUUGCGGCUGGACAAGGAACAUCUAGUGAAUAUAUCCGGCGGGCCUCUCACCUACAGUCAUCGCUUAGAAGAGAUCCGCUUACAUUUCGGCAGUGAGGACGCCCAAGGCUCAGAACACCUUCUUAAUGGACAGGCCUUUUCUGGGGAGGUCCAGCUAAUACAUUACAACCACGAGCUGUACACCAAUGUAACGGAGGCAGCGAAGAGCCCGAACGGCCUAGUUGUUAUAUCCAUAUUUAUAAAAGUUACAGAUUCAUCCAAUCCUUUCCUAAACCGAAUGCUUAACAGAGAUACUAUAACAAGAAUAACAUAUAAAAAUGAUGCCUAUUUACUACAGGGGCUAAAUAUAGAAGAGCUUUAUCCCGAAACCUCUAGUUUCAUCACCUACGAUGGGUCAAUGACCAUACCGCCAUGUUACGAGACAGCGAGUUGGAUCAUCAUGAACAAACCCAUCUAUAUUACCAGAAUGCAGAUGCAUUCAUUAAGACUACUAAGCCAAAACCAACCAUCGCAGAUCUUUUCCAGCAUGAGUGACAACUAUAGACCGGUCCAGCCCCUCAACAACCGCUGCAUCCGAACCAAUAUCAACUUUAGUUUACAAGGGAGAGACUGUCCAAACAACAGAGCACAGAAAGUACAGUAUAAAGGUAAGAUUCAUUAG